AAGAGUUGGUGGCAGUCGAGUUUAGUCAGCAUGUCGCAACAGAAGCCAAAACGAGCAAGCGGAUUCGACUCCCCCUCCGGCGGACGAUGGCGUCUCCAUCAAGAGCACAGGAGUCGAGUGGCCGCCUUCUUUGGGGAGCUGGUGGGCACAGCCAUGUUCGUGCUCAUCGACUGCUUGGGCUGUGUCCAGACGCCGAUCUUCAACAACACGCACUUUCAAAGCGGCCUCACUUUCGGCCUGGCAAUCCUCAUAGCCAUCCAGUGCUUCGGUUCUGUGUCCGGGGCACACCUCAAUCCAGCCAUUACCCUCGCUGCCACCCUGUACGGCGUGCUCCACUGGGGAAUGGCCAUUGCCUAUUUUGUGGCUCAGGUGGCGGGCGCUUUCAUUGGGUACGGCCUGUUGGUAGCCGUCCUCCCCCAUAACGCCAUUAAGGGCGUGGACAACCCGGCAGGUGUCUGCGUGACAGUCUUGGCCAGUGACAUCUCUGUGCUGCAGGGUUUAUUUAUUGAGUUCCUCAUCACCUGUUGCGUGGUGAUGGUUGCCUGCUCGUUGUGGGAUCCCCGCAAUGCCAAGCUCAAGGACUCGGUGCCCGUGCGCUUCGGUUCUUGGGAGCACCAUUGGAUCUAUUGGGUGGGUCCUCUCGUGGUAGGCGCUGUCACUUCCCUCAUCUACCGAUGCGCCUUCAAAGGAGACGAGGUGAUCGAGCUACGGAGCUCGAAUGCCAAGAUUCGAGUGAUCGAGGAGGUGGUACUGCCCUAAGUUGUUGUUAAUCGCUGUCUUAGCUGUAGUUUUAGAAUCUUAAGUUCUGCCAAUAAAGAGGAUUAAUCGUU